AGCCUCCUGCAGACCCCCGCUGCCAUGGAGUCCGUGGCCCUGUACAGCUUCCAGGCCACGGAGGAGGACGAGCUGCCCUUCCAGAAAGGGGACACCCUGAAGAUCCUCAACAUGGAGGAUGACCAGAACUGGUACAAGGCGGAGCUGUUUGGCCGCGAGGGCUUUGUCCCCAAAAACUACAUCAAGGUCAAGCCACACCCGUGGUACGCGGGCAGGAUCUCCCGGCUCCUGGCAGAGGAGCGGCUGCUCCAGCGCAAUCACCUGGGAGCCUUCCUGAUCCGCGACAGCGAGAGCGCCCCGGGCGAGUUCUCCCUCUCCGUCAGCUACGGGAAGCACGUCCAGCACUUCAAGGUGCUCAGGGAGAGGAAUGGCAAAUAUUUCCUCUGGGAGGAAAAGUUCAACUCCCUCAACGAGCUGGUGGAUUUCUACAGGAUGACCACGAUCGCCAAAGAGCAGCAGAUUUUCCUGUGGGACGAGGACCAGACCCAGGAGGUACGAGGAGGAGAGGGGGCAGCAGCCUGGGACAGACAACCCCGAUUUGUGCAAGCCCAGUUUGACUUCUCAGCCCAGGAGGGUUCCCAGCUGCCCUUCCUGCGUGGGGACAUCAUCGAGGUCCUGGGCUACCCCGACCCCAACUGGUGGCAGGGGAAGAUCUACGGCCGUGUCGGGCUCUUCCCACGGAGCUACGUCCACCCCAUCCACAAGUGACCUUCAGGUGACCAUCCAAUGACCAUCCACGAGUGACCAUCCAUGAGUGACCAUCCACAAGUGACCUUCAGGUGACCAUCCACAAGUGACCACCCAUGAGUGACCCUCACCAUGAUGCCCCUGACCGGGCAGGACCCGGCCCCGUUGUCCCCUCUCACCAGAGCUACCCACACAGCCUGAGUGUCCCUUUGUCCCCAGGAUGGUUGACCCCCUGGUCCAUGACCCCUGGUUGGUGACCCCCAGCCCAGGGAUGGGGCUGGCAGUGCCGCUCCCCAUGGAGGGAGUGUGGAGUGUUCAACCACAGCCAUGAAACCUUUUCCAGAGGCACAAUCCAGUGGGAUGACAGCAACAGAGGGAGUGACCCCAAAACCCCAAACCUUGAAUUGUCUCCAAACCCUGUAAGCAAAGCCCCAGCUCCAGGGAGGGCUGCAGGCAGCCAGGACACAGCCAGGAACCACAACUCCAUGGAGGAAUUCCAGGACUCAGGGUACCAGGGAAGGCUGGU